UCGACGCCAAUCGAUCUAGACAACAUCGCGCAGGCCUCGGCAACAAAGCAAUGGCGGCCGGCGGCGAGCUGCAGCUGCUGGGCUCGUGGUACAGCCCGUACGCGAUCCGUGCCAAGGUGGCGCUGGGCCUGAAGGGGCUCAGCUACGAGUACAUCGAGGAGUACCUCUUCAGCAAGAGCGACCUCCUGCAGAAAUCCAACCCCGUGCACAGGAAGGUGCCCGUCCUCAUCCACGGCGGCCGCCCGGUGUGCGAGUCGCUCGUCGUCGUGCAGUACGUCGACGAGGCCUGGGCAGGGACCGGGCCGCCUCUCCUCCCCGCCGACGCCCACGACCGCGCCACGGCUCGCUUCUGGGCGGCCUUCAUCGACGACAAGUUUUUCCAGGCGUGGAGGCAGCUGAUGAGGUCGACGACCGAUGAACGGAGAGCAGAGGCGUUCAAGAACGUCGUCCCCCAGGUGGAGACGCUGGAGCAAGGGUUCAGGGAGUGCUCCAAGGGGAAGAAGGACUUCUUCGGCGGCGACGCCAUCGGACUCGCUGACAUUGCGCUGGGGAGCUUCCUGGUGUGGAUUCGGGUGGUGGACGAGGUGUCCGGCACAAAACUUCUGGACGAGGCCAAGUUCCCGGGCUUGGCGGCGUGGGCGGAGCGGUUCUUGGCCGUCGAUGCCGUCAAGGAGGCGAUGCCGGAAUUCGAGAGGCUCUUGGAGCACUACAAGGGGUUCCUGGCUAAACUGGCUGCACCGGCUGGUUAUAGCUGACUCUACUGUUUUGUCGAUGCGAUUGUACAUUGAGAAGCAUCUGUUUGAGAGGUGUACGUCUUGUUGGAAAAAAAAGAAGAAGGCUAGGGCCCUGUUUGAUCGUCUAAAACUAAUUUUUAAUUAGAAUUAGUUGGGUAGAAGUGAGGUAACACUUUUAGAUGACUAAAUUUAGCUACGUUUGAUCUAGAAUUAAACGGUAACUAGGAGAUGUAUAAAAUCCAUUUUACCCUUGAGUAGUUUAGAAGUUGAGUAGGGAUAAGCGAGAAAGGAGAUGGAUGGUUUGGUGGGUAGAAAAAAUACUGCUAUAUAUUAGCUACUUUUAGCUGGAAUUAGAUGAGUUUUAGAACUAAAGUUUAGUUCACUCGUGGUGUCAAUAGGUAACCGCCACAUAAGUAAGAUAUAGUCCACAAUUUUUAGUGUGGUUCCUUAAUAAAUUCAUCAUCUCUUCUCUCAUUGGU